GCUAAAGAUCUACAUUAGUUUACUUCCCUACCAUCUACCGCAAGAUAGGACAAGGAACACGGCUCAAUGUUAUCCACUAUUUGGGCUCGAUCUCCUGCUUUGUACUUGUAGAUGUCCGUACUGAAAGUGACGAUGAGGUUUUUUAUUUUACCAGAGGUCCUGCUUUUAUUUUACCAGAGGUAACAGCACAGGCUUUCUUUUGUCGUUUUUUCAUAUGAUUGGUCGUUUGAAUUAUUGAAACUUGACAGCGAACGGGAAGGUGCAAGAAUUUGUUCGCACAAAAUCAUGAAGAAUAGACAGUCGCGGCGCUAGAAGAGUUUUUCCGACGCUUGAUCGAUAUUAUCCUACAAUCCCUGCACUUGCUGCACCUUAUGCAACCAGAAAAUUUAUUAGCACUAGAAUCUUGAUUUCUAGCGCAAAAAGCUUCCAUUUCUUCUAUGUGUCGUGUCUGUGUGUCUUUGAUAAUAUAGCCAGAAACCGGCCUCACGCACUACUUGUAGGAUUAUUCCCUCCUUCUAUUGUAAUUUGACUUUCAUUCGCUUUUGUAUUAGAAACCAUCCCCCCUUUAGCAUAUUUCUUUGGAAUAAAGCAGGCACGCCUCUGAAACAUAUUGCGGCUGCGGCAUCUAAAUUCAUCGAUUGUUUUUACAAAUUCACUUUUGUCAUUUUUUCCUUUUCCCCUCAGCUGCUACGUAAAGUAAAAAUCCCGAAAGCGAGACUUCUCCUGCUCUCUUCUGAAGCAUCGCUGAGACCACCAAAGGCAAUCGACUAUAGGUGCGGAGUGUUGAGACGACGUCGAGGUAGUAGUAACACUUGAACUUCGUCGAGCAGAGAGCGGAGAUCAUAUUAACAGUUCUGUGAAAUGAUAACUCGCAAAUAAGCUUGAAAGUUGAAAUUCAAUAAUAGCCUCGCCCCUACCUCCCCCACUACUUAACCUUAUCGACGGUCUCUCGAACCUCGUCGCAAGUGCGCACAACAUCGGACUUGGCACGACGCGCAAAAAAGCAGAACCUUUCCGUGCCGGGAGAAGCCGCCUUGUUAUCUCGCCAUCAAAUUAGAAGGAGCAAUAGUAAAGCCGCUCAAUAAAAAGAAGUCUGUCGACCUGCUUUCUUCUUGAUAUCGAGACCACGGAUAGCUGAACGACUACUCGUUCUCGGAGAGGAGAAGUAAAAAGUAGACAAACGAAACGGCGCCCCCGACAACGAACGAUACACGAAUUUCAAAAAUUACGGUAGAAGAGGCACACUGUUUGCAACGUGUGCUGCGGACGAAGAACGACAAUAACGUGCGGGUUUUUUUGAAUUGAGAACACGGAAAAAUUCUUCAAAAAGUUCUACAAACAAGAUGGUGGUGCGAGAAGAAAGCAAGGACCCCAACGUUACCACAAAGGGGGAGGUAUAGAAAUUUUUCAGACGAACGAUAGUUUCAUUGAUUUUUUUACCAACGCGCUAAUUAAUAUGAACAUGAAGGAUAGUGUCCAUGGGCAACAUUCCAACGGACGUAGUUGUCAACAUAAUUCCACUUACUAUUUUACAAAUAUCCCGAGUUGAUUUUCUUCUUCACUGCAGUUCCCGAAAGAAACAAGCAGGCGAAGAAUUAGUAUAAAUGAAAAAAAAUAAAAAUCCAGGUGCGGGGCGAGUCGCUGGCAGAAGCUGGGUCAGAUUUAGAAAAGAAGGCGAGCGGGAGCACGCCAACAACGAAUUCAAAACCCUCGUCUGUCGUUGAAGAGCCAACAACCUCAACGGGAGAGGAGGUACAGGAACGAUAAGAAUAAUUAGGCUUCGAGCUGUUCUGAAGAUUGUGUAUGAGUUUAGUAACUCACAACUGAAAUUGAUUUCUUUGUUUUUUUUGCAUGUACGAGUAGUGAGGAUGAAAUAGAAGUUGCAGUUGGUUUUUUACACGACAAAUCUUACUACGACCGAAAAUAAAAUUGCACCAGGUAUCGGGCAUUCCGAAGGGGCCGGCGUUUAAGUGGGACAGUGACGAACUGAAAAAGUUCUGGGAAGAAUGCUUCUCACCAAAUUACAACUCCCUUAUCUUCGACGGACUCCACCCAAAGGCGCUCUGCUCAAAAAUCUGUACAAGGGUUUUGCUUGCUUCUGUUCGUGCUCUCUGCAUGAUUCAUCUGCAUAGAUAGUGCUGGUUUUCAACACAAUGUCAACAAGCAUAAGAGUUGUAAAAAUCCGAAUGAUUAUUAUACAACGAAGAACCGUCAACAAUUAAAAUUAUCCGCAAUAUCAGGUAAUGACGUGCUGCGAACAAAUAUCAACGUAAACUCGGCAAGUAGCAACCCCAACGACCGACUACUGUGCUUCGAGGUACUGAGCAACCUGGAAGCCAAAUUCAUCGAACUCGGCAUCGUGCAGAAGCCAACACCAAAGUAUACAGCUGAUCAAUGAAUUUUCAUUUGGUAGCCCAUGAUUAAGUACUUAUUUAUCCGUGAAGAUGAUGGUUGCGUAUGUGUUGUUUGUCGAUUGUGAGGUUUUGGGUUUCGAUUUUGUCGAUUUUGACAAAUUCUGAAGCUGUAUUUGUCAUGCAAAAAGUCAUACCAUACCUAUGCAAUAAAAAACGAAACAGGAUGACCGGCAACCCGAACCACCAACAGUACCAGCGCGUGUCACAUCAGGACUGGAACCGGUUCGCGGGGCAUUUGGCUGCGAAAAACCAAUCUCUGGAGGCCUGGGCGCGGGAAUGCGUGGAAGAGUCGAUACGCCUGCUCAGUGCGCCAAAGCGCAACGGAAUGGCGCGGGCGUGACGAGGGGAACCCCAAUUAUAUUUAUAUUCGAGCGACCGACAAUGCUCCAGUUUUCGAUUUUGGAAAGAAUCUAGUCAUUAUUUUAGAACUUCUCGAUGAACUACUUUCUAUCGCGACAGGGAAAGUAAAUAAAGUAAAACUCGCCCCUUGUUCUGUCUGUUUGUGAUUCAAUAUGAUUUUCGUACAAGUUGUCAGUACUGACAAAUUCGACAAACCUUGUAAUUUUUAGUGAACAUUCUCAGCAAAAAUAAUAAAGCGUGAACUCAGAACUUUUCAAGACGACUAUUCUUGGUUUUCUCUAGGACCAAGAAAUUUUCAACUGUGGAAGCGAAAGCGUCCUUCUUUUGCAGCUGUGCUUUUGUAAAGAAUAAAUUAAUUCUAUCCGCUGGAGGCAGCACAGUGGACGAGAGCAGGACGGCCGCAAGGAUUAAAAAACUUCCAGGUGCCUACUACAAAAAAAUACUAUAUCCCAUUUUCAUCAUACAUACCGCGAGACCCCGAGCCGUAGCAGCCUUUUGUCAGAAGUACUACCUCCUCUUAGACCUUCUGCAAAAGUUGGAGGCGAGUGGCCGUCAUCUGGUCGUCCUUGGUUUAUUUAGAAGUAGACACGACCUCACCGGUCUUUAGUAGGUACAGCUACAGAAUGCUUUUCCCGAUACACGUUGAUCCGUCGGAGCGCAGCCCUGCCUCAUCGAGCGAUAGUACUCCACACUUAUAUGGUUUACUACUCAUUACGCCACCUCGCAACUACUAGAACUUCUAGUCCGCCACUACUUAGGAGGUCGUGUAGGUCACAUUCCUUGAUGAUACCCAAGGCAGGUGGUCGCGGCGAAUUUUUUUUUGGCAGACGCCCUUAAGAAUUCACUGCAGACGGCGCUCCGUCGUGUCGUGGCUAGUACUCCUGCAAGCCACGACUGCAAAGGCUUGCGAUCACGUGCUGGCGAAGAACUCAUUCUAGUAGAGCUGUGUGCUACGUUAAUAAUUUUGACCGGUACUUGUUCUAUCGGAAAGGAAAACUAACCUUUUACGACGCUACCUUGUUUGAUACUUCUAUUCUGAAAUUUAGUCUGAUAUAAUCGACUACUAACUUCGAAGAAAAAAUAUCGAAUAAUGUACUCAAUGAAAGCUACGGGUUAAAUAUCGAAGUAGGUAAGGUUGACGUUGAUGUACUAGAUAGGUGGGAUACUCGGCGGCCAAUGAUCAUAGUUUUGGUAGGAGCCAGCAGGGAUAUAAGACAAGCGUGGUUCUCGUCCUGAUUGCUACCGAGGUUUCUCCUGCCAAAAUUCUUCAUGAAAUAGAAAUUACAUUAAAUUUGAUUGUAGUUUACUAUAACUUUUCUUUGGGCAACCACGAACAAAGCAACUUUCAUCUAGUGCGCAGCGGCGGGGCUUUUUACGUUGUGGGGUGGCAAAGGCACCAUCCAAGAACUACCCAACGGAUAAUUGCCGGCUAGAACUGCCAUUGUGAUGAAAUUCUAUUUCCUCAGCGACAAAAACGUGACACCUGGUUGUACGACUUUUUUCGACAACCAGUACUUGUAAAUAGCGAACUAACGACGACGAUGAACGGCAUUGAUGUUCCAAAUCCAAAGCUACCGUGCGACGACUAACGAAAAUAAAUACAACUCAAUGUUGUAGCCGAUGUCAUUCAUCAUCAUCGGGCAACGACUAGUACAGCGAGUCUGUGCUAGUGCAGCCCUCUGCCUCACAAUCACGCUGUUGUGAAUCGUGUUCUGAAAUUCAAUGCUGGCUCAUCGAUUAUUUUUCAGAGUUGUUGCUUUUGGUGUUGACAACACAAAACAGCAUCCGAGCUGCACCAUGUUUCGGUCAUUUUGAUCACCCAUUUAUCUCAAAGAGGCCGAGAGCGGGUAAAUUUUACUCGUCGAGUUUUGCAAAACUGACACAAGAAUUCUAUUUCCA